AUGGCGCUGGAGCUGGCCAAGACCGCGGAGAACAAGAUCUUCGACUUUUUCGAGCGCGAGGACGCGCUCGCGCGCCUCGGCCGGCUGCACAGCCACACGCUGGGCGUCGCGGGGGACGUGCUCAAGGCCCCGAAACCGCAGGAGGUCACGCACAAUGUGCUGGAUCUGGCGGUGCAGAAGGUGGUGGAGAAGCUCUCCUGGAAACUCAUGACCGAGGCCCACGCCACCCCCACCAGCGUGGGAGUCCCGGCGCUGCUGGACCUGUGCAUCGCCGGCGUGACCAGCAACUUCCUGAUCAACAGCACGCCCUACAAGGUGCUGGAGGACCUGAUGGAGGGCCAGACCAUCAGCACCUGCGAGAUGGUGUGGGAGCUGCUGGAGUCCCGCAAGGACAAGCUCACGACGGGCCGCACGACCAAGGCGUCGCUGUGUUUACUGAGGAUGUGCAACGCCCUGCUGCGUCGCUUGUCCAAGACGCACAACAGCGUCUUCUGCGGCAAGAUCCUGGUCUUCUUAUCGUUCACGUUUGCCCUGUCCGAGCGCUCUGCGGUCAAUCUGACGGGCAAGGCGAACGUGACUAAUAUUGACAAUGACCCGAGUGCGGAUGUUGGGCCGAUCGACUACAACCUCUAUCGCACAUUUUGGGACCUGCAAAGCUUCUUCCGUGAGCAUCAAAUGGCCACGCACUCGGCGGAAAACUGGGAAAAGUUUUUCACCGAGCUGAAUGUGGUACUCGCCGCUUUUGAGGGCAAUGCAUUCUCCCCGGAUGACCUUGAGCGCUCGCGAGACUUGAGUGGUGGUGGCCCCAUCCACUCGGCAGAUGUGAUCAUGCACGAGGAUUCUAGCACGAACCCUGCAGAGCAGGGCUCCCAGGAACACUUUUUCCAGCCGAAGUACCUGACCAACAGCCGCCUCUUCCGACUGCAGCUUCGCGACCCGAUUCUGCGAGAAUGCAUGCUGACUCAAUUCCUCAUCCUUUUCAACGACCUGGCGAGGGCCAAGCCUCCAGCAGGAAGCACGACUCCGAAAGCCAAGUUUGCAGACCUGACCGAGCGUGUUGUUGCACUGCUCAAGCAAACGCCGUCUGACGGCGAAGGAUUCAGCGAGAUGGUCUCGUACGUUCUCGAACGCGAGCGCAAUUGGGUCAAGUGGAAGCAGGAAAAGUGCCGGGAAUAUGAGAAAUAUCCGUCUGCGGCGGACAAGGAGGGAUCUGCUCCUAAACCCGUGGUGAAGCGAGCUCGUCGGCAGCUCACGUCCCCUCUGCUGGAGCAGAUUCUAUCAGAAAGCUCAAAGCCGUCACAGAUUCUGGAGAAGAUCAAGGGCAAAGAACGAGCCUCAGAGGUCCCUUUGUCAGCGUACACGGAGCGCUUCAAGGAAGCUUGGGACCCCGAAAACGGAAUCGAAGAGGAGUACUGGCCGGACAAGGAUGAGAUGGUUUGCUGGCGAACUAUGCGCGCGGCAAUGAAAGGUAGUGUGGAUCAUCUCGACUGGGCGGUCAAAGGUACUGGGGCCCUAGUUAAGGCUGUCCUUGGCAUGGAAACCACCGAUGCAAAUAAGGACACGACGGACGCUGCAGCCUCAACACCCCGGCAAUCCUCGUCUAGUGGAGAUGCUGAAGUUGUCAAGAAAGAGCAGGAGUCUGGUAGGGAGGCGACCAAGGACUCGUCUGGUAUCAAGCGGAAGCGCAGCGACUCACGUGGUGAAGCAUAAGUGCAUUGUUAGGCUCGGAGCUGCAGAUUUCUUGAAAUGAUGAAUGUACUUUCAUUUUCAUGACGCAAC